CCAGUGAAGGUGAAGAGACAAACAUUCACGGAGCCACUAAUGAAGCUAGAAGAGUGGUUAACUCAAAUAGAGUUUCAGGUGAAGGACAAAUUGUUGGUUUUACAGGGGAAACCACAGAGGGUGCUAGAUCAGAGUCAAAACUCUCAGACCAACCUAGGGAUCUCUGUAAGGUCUGCUGUACGAGAGACAAUAGACCAUAUGAAAAAGACCAUUCAAGACAGACUGUAUGUGUGCCCAGUUCAGCAGGCACUGCAUCGCCGGGGACAUGUAAAGACGUGCCUCAGUACAGUUUUCUUUGGCGACCCCCAAGACGAUGCAACGUGCGACGAGGUGAUCCUAACGGACUUCGUGCCGGUCAUGGUGCGGGAUCGGGACCGUUGGCUGUACAGCGUACCACGUCCGAUGGAAAUCAUCAUUACCUGUCGUGAGGAAGGGAUAACGAAGCCACGGGAGACCUUAGAAGGUGUGGGGAUACUGCAAGUGGCUGCGGGAUGUCAAAUUGCAGCCCAGGAGUUACUCCUUCCACCAAUCUCGACGAGUAAAGAGACGUCGGCGGUUGCCAUAAUCCCCAAACCCCUGUGGCAAGACGCCUCUUAUUUCGGUGAUGCCGAGAUUCUUCAGGAAAUCUCUGAAGAUGGGUCUCUAGGCGCGGCCGAUGAGGGUAUUUUCCCACAACAGGUGGAAGGGUCUACUCUUCAAGGAGCGGGCGUGGGUAAGGGCGCUCUUCAGAGAGGAAGAGCGAAAAGGGACAAGUGGGGACAGAAAACUUUUCACAAUUAUUUUGUGGUUAAUGUCCUCCAUUUCAUUUGCGUAUGUGAUUUGCAGUGUACUAUACCAUCUGUUAAAGGUAAAGGGUUGGUGGAAAACUUGUGAAAUUAAUAAACCUGUGAUCAGGAGUGGUUCAGAAAAAGAGACAGCCACUGAAAUGCUAAAUCAUAAAGGAGAAAACAACCAGGGACAAAUAAUUUUUCUAUGAAAGCCUGGAGUGACUCUAACAUGAGUGGGUAGGUCUCCAGUAGCGCCAUGCACCACCCAGUGGGGCAGGGGUCAAAUGUCCUAGGAAAGGGAGCUUGUUCGCAGGCUCUUGGCCCUAAAUGUAUGGUCGCCAUGGGAUUUAUCACUCUUGUUAGAGUAAUCGGGACGAUAACUCUGUGGAGGGGAGUGAUGUCGUAAUGAAAACGAAACGACAUGGAAAACCACGAACGUUAGUGAAAUUGUGGGAACAGCCUGAGGCGGCGUGCCUCAGGGAGAGUCAGAUACCAGCGAGACACGAAGGAAUACGGAUCGCGGAUUUCUUGUGCGAUGAACCCAGGACUUGCCAUACUGGUAAGGGUAUUUACAUUGUCAGUGGUGAUCGUGACGAUAGUGGCUCGUUG